UCAUCCAGGCAGGAGCAGCAGAGGCUCCCCACCCAGUGAGCCGGACGAGUUCCCUGGAAAAACCCACUGGAUCGGCUCUUUCUUGAAUCUGUUCUUUUUUGUGGAUCGUUGUGGUUUUCCUCUGGAUGUGACGUAAACACGUGGACCUGGUUGGAUGUUGGAUACAAGCUGCUACAGCAUUUAUUGUCUGAUUAACUGGCUUCACUCAGCCCUGGGUGGGUACUUUAUUAUUUUAUUUUACCAAACCAAAUUUCAUUUGAACUAAAAGGAGACUUCUGGUUCUGUUCACCAGCUGGGAGUGGCAUUGUUGUUAUCAUCCUCUUUUCUUUUUUUUUUUGGCUAAGAUCCGGAGGAGCUGUCGGUAAUAGGAUUUAUUUGAAACAUAAAUAAGAAGAAACUGUAUUAGAGGAAGAGGGAGGGGGGAUAAAGAAGAAAACCUGGUGGGAGGAAAUUAGAUUACCGAGCAAAGGGUGGGGAGGGGGGAGAUAGGUGACGACAGGAGGCGUGGCAGAGGCGAGGAGGAACUGGACGCUCCCCACACCCUGAGAUGCUGUGCUGGCUGAAGGAGGACGAGAUGUCGGUUCAGGAGCUGCUGGAGCGGGUGCAGUGUGUCAUCACACACGUCGAUGAGAUCAUGCAGCAGGACAUCAGGCCUCUUCUGGCCGUGGACAUCAUAGAGCAGCUUCAUCGCCAGUUUGCCGUGUUGGCAGGUGGGCGAGGGAAAGAUGGCGCCCCUAUCAUCACGUUCCCAGAGUACUCAGGCUUCAGUGAGGUGCCAGAGGAGGAUUUCCUUAAUGUAGUUACUUACCUGACCAGCAUCCCCAGCUUGGAUGCUGCCAGCAUUGGCUUCAUCAUCAUCAUUGAUCGGCGAAAAGACAAAUGGAGCUCAGUGAAGGCCUCUCUAUCGAGGAUCGCUGGAGCAUUUCCAGGAAAUCUUCAGCUGGUGUUGGUGCUGAGACCGUCCAGAUUCUUCCAGAGGGCGAUAUCAGACAUCGGGCUGAGGCUGCACAAGGAUGACUUUAAAAUGAAGAUCGUUAUGCUGAACUCUCUGUCAGAACUACACAGCUAUGUGGAUAAGGAACAGCUGACCCGGGAACUGGGAGGAAGUCUGGAGUACUCUCACAGUCAGUGGAUCCACCAUCGAACAGCCAUAGAAAACUUUGCCUUGACGGUGAAAAGCAUGGCACAGAUGCUGCAGAAGUUUGGAGCGGAGCUGGCAGAAACUGAGCUUCCUAACGACGUCCAGAGCACCAAAGACCUGCUGACAGCGCACACUGAAAAACACAAUAACCUCAAGGAUGAACUGAAGCUCGCUCUGAGACAAGGCAGCACCUUGUUUACUUGUAUCAAGGAUCAGGCAGCCAGAUCAGAGAACCAUGAACUGAACCCAGAUGAGUUGGAGAACCAGACCACCGUGGAACGACUCCUGGCCCAGCUGGAUGAGACAGAGAAUGCGUUUGAACAGUUUUGGAUCAAACACCACCUGAAACUGGAGCAAUGCCUUCAGCUGCGUCACUUUGAGCAGGACUUCAGAGAGGUCAAAGUGUGUCUUGACACUUCGAUGGACAUCCUGAAGAACCUGUCUGACACCGGAGACUGUGUGGCCAGAGUGGAACACCUGCUGAAUGAUCUGAAAUCCCUGGAGGAGAAGGCUCAGCCGACGGUAGAAAAGGCCCAGCUCCACGCUCUGCAUGGUGACCAGCUCAUCCAGAGCAACCACUACGCCGUGGACUCCAUUCGACCCAAGUGUGUGGAGCUCCGGCGGGUCUGUGAUGACUUCAGCAACGAGGCCAAGAAGAAGACAGAUAUUUUGUCCAAAUCCCUGCAGAUACAUGUGGGCAUUGACAAGGUUAACCAGUGGUGUGAGUCUGGUAUCUAUUUGCUGGCUUCCCAAGCUGUAGAUAAGUGUCAAUCCCAGGAAGGGGCUGAAUCAGCUUUAACAGAUAUUGAGCACUUUCUGGAAACAGCAGAGAAGAACCAACUAACAGAACUGAGGAAACUUCACAACCAGUUCGAGGUUGUCUUAUCGGAGGAUGUAAAGGACAGUGUUGGUAAGGCUCUAAAGCGAAUGGAGGAUGUUCAAGAGAUGUUUGAAAAGCGACACGUUAGCCUGAAGAGACUGUCGGCUAAACAACCAAGACCCAUCCAGCCUGUUGCUCCACGACCUGAGUCAUCUCCAAAACGGCCUUCACAGAAAACUCCCCCCAGGACCACAGGGAGCCAACAACCUCCUGCUCGCAGAACUUCAGAUAACUCCAGCAGUGCCAGGCAGCAACCUGAAGCUGAUCCCAACAAAAGGAAGAACAUACGUAAGACCAAAGUAGGCAUCAAGAUUGAAGUCAUGCAUGAAGAAAGCCAGGGAGGCUCCACCCAUGUUACUGUGUCUAAUGAGAAUGAGGAGAGUCUCUCCAACAGACGCAGGCUCAUCAUGGCUGAGCUCAUCGAAUCAGAAAGGAUUUAUGUGGAAGAACUGCAAAGCAUCAUGGAGGGCUACUUUACUGAGCUGAGUAACUUGGAGCUGAGCCACCUCAUCCCCUCAUCACUGGAGAACAAAAAGGACGUGCUGUUUGGCAAUCUGCCAGAGAUAUAUGACUUUCACAAUAAGACGUUUCUUAUGGAGCUGGAGAACUGUGCAGAGAAACCAGAGCUGGUUGGAACCUGUUUUCUGAGAAGGAAAGAAGAACUUCAGGUGUACGAGAAAUACUGUCAGAAUAAACCUCGCUCUGAGGUGGUGUGGAGACAGUGUGGAGACAGCCCUUUCUUUCAGGAAAUGCUGAAGUGUAGUAAGGGGGAGGGGAUGGUGGAGUUGGAAGAGGCUUUAGCCACCAUGUUGGACAUCAUUAAGUCCGUCAACGACUCCAUGCACCAGAUAGCCAUCACUGGAUUUGAGGGAAACCUGAGUGAACUGGGGAAGCUGCUGAUGCAGGGAUCCUUUAACGUAUGGACUGACCACAAGAAGGGCCACAGCAAGGUGAAGGACCUGGCAAGAUUUAAGCCCAUGCAGAGGCACCUGUUUCUGUAUGACAAAAUGUUGCUGUUCUGUAAGAAACGAGAGGAGAGCGCAGAGGGACACGAGAAGACGCCGACCUACAGCUUUAAACACUUACUGAAGAUGAGUGCUGUGGGGAUAACGGAGAACGUCAAAGGAGACAACAAAAAGUUUGAGGUGUGGUACAACGGCAGAGAAGAAGUGUACAUCAUUCAGAAGCCAGUCAGAACAACAUCUGCAAGGUGCCCAUGAGGAAUGUUCACAAGAAUGUGUUGAGACAGUCCGACUCAUCGAGUCCAGAGUCAGGCUUCAGGAGGACUCACCCCAGUCCUAACACGAGGCAGAGGAAAGCUGACGCUUCAGCCAGCCGCUCAGUCCACUCAGCUGCUAAUGCUAAGAGGUCUUUCACCUUACAAGGCCUUUCCAAGAGGAGGUCUCUUCCUGCAGAACCCACUCUUAAGGAGGCAGAGGUCCCCCGCCGCUUCUCUCUCACCUCCUCUCUCGCCUCCUCUUCCUCCUCCUCCUUUGCCACACGACGCACAAAAGGUCCUCUCUCUGUUAGCAUUAAGAGCAAGAGACAUGAGAUAAAAAGUGACCCCACUCCGUUUGGUUACGAAGAUACUUUGCGAGGUGCUGUGCCUUCAGUUGGGAAGCGUCAGAGUGUGAUUAGCAGCAGUGCUACGGGUGCUGGUGGCACGGCGUUCCCUAGAUCCACCUCCCAACCAGGCUGGACUCAGAGACGUCUCCCCUCCAUGGACACAGAGGACUUUGAGACGAUUCCCUCCAGUGCAGAGGAGUCCUCCAACUCUUCUGAGGAUGAAAGCAACAAUAAGAACGGUAACAGCAGCCGAUAUCGGGUCCAGCUGACCUAUGCGUCAUGUGAAGCCAAGGAACUCUCUCUGGGGACCAAUGAGCUGGUCCAAUUUUUGGAAGAAGCAGAGAAUGGAAACUGAUGUCUUCAGUGAUCCGUGUGCAGCAGCGCUCUCUAACUCGGAGAGACAUGUCUCAGGACUACAAAUACAUAUGGCGGACUACUGUAGUUCAUUUAGCUUUGAUCCCAAACUUGGACCAGAGCUUCCAACAACAGUCUUUAAAUUGUAAUUUUUCUAUCUGUAGACUGAUGGACAAAUUUUAGACUUGGUUUUGCUUUUCAGUUGCAGAUUCUUUUUUUUUUUUUUUUUUGGACUUUCUGAUGGAAGCAAGACUUCGGGGGUAAAAAGCUGGAACUUUAAGUCACCUGAAGAGCAUAUUUGUGAAGCCACGGUCUAUUUUUAAUUAGCGAGAGCAGCUGUAAGGAACUGACAACUCUGCAGGUUCUGGACACAAAAUGGAGUUAAACCGUUGGAUUUCUGAAAAUAUAUAACCUUUCUUUGAUCUGGAUAACCUUUUUUCAGAGCUGCUCUUUUUGCUGCUACUCAUACCCACAAGCUGAAGACUUUCAGACUAGAUUCUACCAUUUCAGCCUCACUAUCAGUGGUUUCUAGAACAUUCAGAAUUUGUAUUUAUUUUGUUGAGUUCACGCACAUCCUCCUUUGCUAAGCCUUUCAUCUUUUGAUGGUGGUCAGAGGGUCCGGUGGCACCGGUGCAUGGCAGCCCCACCUCUGUCAGUGUGUCCCAGGGCAGCUGUGG